AUGUCCGUUCUCCUCUCCUCCCUAGCCAUCCUGUCCGUAGCUGCUGCCACCCCUACCUGCUCUAACAACCCGUCCUUCCAUCGCUUCUCCUUUGGUGGCAUCCAAGGAGUCGUUGUCUCGGAUGGCCCUGCUUUAUUCGAUGUGAACCCUUUCUCCGUUCCUAACGCCGCUCUGAAACGAAAUUAUGAUGCUUCUUUUCGCUCCAGUUCCCCACUCGUCAUCCAACAGAACGUCGCUAUUGUCGAUAUGCCAGCCGGACGCGUUCUAGUCGAUGCGGGUUCCUUCAACAUUCCGGAGUUCCCGCAGUUUGCCAACGCGGGAAGGCUUCUAGCAAACAUGAGAGCCGCCGGCAUCGCCCCAGAGAGCAUCCAAGCAGUUGUUUUUACUCACGCUCACGCCGACCAUGUCGCAGGUGUAAUCACAGCGGAUGGAAAGCGCGCCUUUCCGAACGCUCACGUGUACAUCGAUAAGGUGGAUCACGAGUUUUGGACCCAAUCAAAUGUACCAAACCCCAAGCCGGCCAUCAUUCCAAACGCCACACUUGGUACGUAG